UCUCGUCCGAGGAGUGGGCGGGAAAAGACGGCUCCUGACUCCCAUCAUCAUCUCGUCCGUCCCUAUGCAUACCCUCACACAGCAUCCAACUCUGAGAUUUCUCUGGUUCUCUCCCUCGAGUCCUCUGCAUGUAAUCAAGCGGUGUGUGGGUAUCUCAUCACAUCUUUUGGCGCAGAAUGGAAGAGAAUGUUGGUAUCUCGUGAGAUGUACUUGGGUACGUCAGAGCAAGUGCUACAUCAGAAACCGAGGUUCAGAUGUUGGUCCGCUGGAGAGUUUCCCAAUACGAGAAAAUAUGCUUUCUGUCGUUUUGUAUACACCAUUCGGACCGCGAUAUUGCUUGCUCUCUGCUGUCGCUAUGUUGUUGGCUAAAGCUACACACCCACUUCUUAUAUCGAGCGGCCUAUGCUAUCGUCAGAUCAUUUUCCCAUGAUCACCAGCCGUCCUCAAAGCAGGAGAUUCUUGUAUUAUUCGUUCGGUAGUGCAUACACAGCAGCAUGUUCUGGCAUCGUGGCAGCACCUAAGAGUCGGAGUUCACAGCGGACAGAUGCACUAUGGUUCGCAAUGAGUGAUUAUCACUGCCCAUUACAUGCAUGAGACCUGCGGGAGAAGGCCCAGAAGAGCGACUCUUUUAGACGGAGCCUGCCAAAUACCACAAAUUGGACAGUACAGUACCUCACACUCGACACGUCAGAGUCCUGGCAGUGCCUGCGUCCUCGAGAAAGAUCUCCUCGAGUCCUCGCCCCCCUUCCCCCCGCGUACGCUCAAAUUGGAGAUUGGAUGGCGGAGGCGGUUAUCAGCACAAAUGAAGGAGACGAGCACCUUUUAUUCGAGACUAUCUACCUUUGUUGAUAUGCAUGAGCCCGUGAGGUGCAUGAGAGGCCAAAAGAGCGACCGCUCGCAUUUGGAGAAAUUGGGUUAAAGAGACUGAUCAUACAAAAUACCACACCUCCUGCAAACUUUAUCUUACCCUCGACACGUCAGAGUGGUUCCUGCUGCCCAUUAAGAGCAACACGUCCACCCCCUCCCGGAGCCGCUUCAUUUAUCCAAAAUUGUGCAUUUUCUUUCUAUCAAGAUAUAUUUCCUCAUUAUGCUUGCUGAUACGGCCUCUUACUCCUCGUUCGAAUGUACAUCAUUACUGACAUCGUUGCUUCCACCCGAGGUGCAGUGACAGAUGUUUCCGCUCUCCGAAUGGAGGUGGAGAUAAAUGGGUGUUGGAUGGAGGCACGUCGAGCCGACAAAGUUUCCUCGCGGCUUCUACACCUCAGAUCCAAAGAGGAGCUGGGUGAUUGUUACAAGUCCAUCACCGUGUUGCUGAAGGAAGUGGAAACCUCGAGUCGUCUACUUCGAGAUCUGUACGACCUCUUUGUCAUCUAUCAAACGAUGAUUCCGUACAUUCAUCACUACCUGACGGUCAUCCUUCCUUCCCUCAGCAAGAGUAUGAGGGAUAUGUUAUCUUACAUCGACAACGAUGAGCUGCCAACGCAGGAACGAUGGACUUUGAUGGAGAAGCACUUGGGGGACGCAGAGACGGAAUUGGCGAAUAGGUUCAGGAUGUAUUGUGAUGCUAUAAUCCAGGUGAUUCGGUUACUGAGCAGGUGCGAGACCCUCACGCUUUCUUUUGCUUUUUCUCUUUCUCAACCUUCUUACUUCCAUGCAUGAGUUCUCAUGGUCAUUGAUUGGCCAAUCUGACGAUGUCAGCAGAUCCCCCUUGUUCGAUCCCACAACUCUACAAAACCUCCGCAUCCGGCUCAUGCUCAUAAGAAGGCAUCAAGGCAUUCCAGGUACGAACACCAAAACAUUCCCCUUAUAUUUUACCAAGGAAAUGGGGGUUCUGAGGGACAAGGAACUGGAAACUGCGGAAUCGGUGGAGCAAACACUUAUUCCUGUAGAGCCGAGAACACAAAUCUUCCCAUAUCUCCCGCCAUCCCAGCCUAGCCCCGUUGAACUUGAGGUAUGCCGUUGCUCGUUCCCCGGACAUAAUUUGUAUAACGUGUAUUCAUGUGUAGGCGAAGAAACGCCAUUGGGCGGAGAAAGUUUUUGACGACCUGCCGCAUUCUACCACGAGCUUGAGACACCGACGGAAGUGAGUCCAGCCUUGCCUAACCCCUGUUUAUAAACUUCGCCUUAUUUCAGAGAUGGGGUUGAGAUCGCCUUGUAUGGACUAGUAAAGUACUUCCGGGGGCAUGGUCGGGCGUAGAUCUCGAGAGGAAAGGGUGUGGUGCUGGUCAUGGGAUUUGGCUGGUGGCUGACGAUGAGUGUGUUUGCCUAGUUCGAAAUGCUUUGGACCUCAUAUGAUGGAUUCUAGGCUGGGGAUCCCGCCGGGUUCGCAAGUGCUGUUUAAGUUGUAAGUCUUUUUUCUCGUCUCCAGCAUGCUGGGAUUUAUUUACCCCCUUUAAGCCAUCACUACAGCAGGGAUUCUGAAUGGGGUGGAUUUCAACCUCACCAAGGAUGAUCGAUGUCAGUAUUCGGGUUGGCCCGUUAAAGAAAGAAUACCAGUUGACUUUUGUUUUGAUGACUGUCCAUCCCCUUUUACACUCGCUAACGAGCUUUCCGUAGACCUUUCGAUAAAAACCUUCUUUCUGUCACCCUUUACCUCCACGCCCAGGGCGCAGGUAUGACACGACUCCUGUGUCGAUGGAUGGAUCCAUAUCUCAAUCCCUUGUACUCCUCAUAUGGUGUCCACGAACUAUGCAUCUGGCGGAAAGGAGCUGCCUUGCAGUUCAGCAGAUGGAGCGAAUAUCGUGAACACUCGAGAGUUUGGGCUGCACUCUUUUUCAAAAGCUGGGAGCGUAAGUCAUUUUUACUUUCAUUUAUCAAAACAUACAGCAGGCUGGAAGUAGCGUCUUCUUCUGUCGCCGUGAUAUCAAGCCUUUAGGUCUAGCAUUUGCUUAUGGUAUAUGGAGUAUUGGGUAAGGAAGUUUGAUGUGGCUAAUAUUAUAUGAACAGGAAUGGUGCUAUUCCACAGUGCAUUUGUAGCUUUGAAAGCUAGGUGUCCACUCACCGUCCGGAUCAAUCCUGAUGAUUACAAGUUGUCGGGAGAAAUAGUUUUGUUCAAAGGGUAUCUACUUAUUUCCCCCCUUUCCUUGGCUGUCGUAGCUUGGUCCCGCGUCGAGGGUGCGGCGCUGACAAGUAUUAGACAAAUCAUCGAUGACGGGUUCGAACAUUCUCUUUCUGUAAUCCAAGAUGAUAAGACCGGGAGCUUGAGGUUACAUGCUGCGGUCUGGAAUGGCGAGUUGAGAAGAUGUCCUGUCUGGACUGCUUUUAGUAUGUUUUCUUUCCCCAUUUUUUAUUAUAUCUCUUCCCUCCAAUCUCCCUCCGGGACUCCCAAAAAUUAGCCCGGCCUAACACUCACCCACCAGUAACCUACCAAUGCCAAUCCCCACAAUGGAUGGAACGAAAAAACCAUCGUCGAAUCAUCCUAAAAGACAUAAAACUAUACGUCUUCUGCGGGAAUUACAAGAAGAAAAAUCAGAUGAAGAAAAAUGGAGGCUUUGAGAUAUGUUUUGUUGAGGGAAGAGGUACCAAAUCUUCCUUCCCUCCUGAAUCCCCUGACUGUCGAUGGUUUUCUUGAACGAGAUUAUGUAUAUGUUCUGACAUCGAACAGCAGCAGAAAAAUUCGUCGACUGCCUUCGCUUCGAUGAUGGCUCAGGAAGCGGCUCCGAUAAUGGCGAUCCUGGUCCUAGUGGAGCCAGAGCUGGACCUGCUGGACCUGCUGGACCUGCUGGACCUGCUGGACCUGCUGGACCUGCUAGACCUGCUGGCGGUGCCGGCGGUGGUGGAGGUGCUAGAGGAGGUGGUGGUAAUAUUCCUGGAUAA